AAGUUGAAAAUGUCAAAGUCAAAUCUUCUCAAGUUGACUUUCCCCCCGAAUUGUUUUUGAUCCUGAUCAACCUCCUCUCUCUUCAAGCUUCAGACAUCCCUAUAAAUGCAGUCCCUAACCUAACUUCCAACAGCACAUCCUCUCAUCUGAUCAUCACCCAACAAAGAGAGACAAAUGGCAAGUCCAAAUCUCUCGUCGGCUUUCUUGUUCACUCUCCUCCUCUCAAGCUUCCUGGUCUCGCCAUCCUUUUCCGAGCUCUGCAACCCUCAGGACAAGAAGGUCCUCCUGUCCAUCAAGCAGUCCCUCAACAACCCUUACAUCUUGGCCUCAUGGAAGGCCGACACCGACUGCUGCGACUGGUACUGCGUCGCCUGCGACGACACCACCCACCGCAUCACCCAGCUCACCAUCUUUGACGGCACCCUCUCGGGCCAAAUCCCGGCCGCCGUCGGCGACCUCCCUUACCUGCAGAUGAUCGACCUGAACCGCCUCUCCCACGUCACCGGCCCGAUCCCCUCUUCCCUCGGCAAGCUCCAGGACCUCACCUUCCUCCGCCUCAGCUACCUCAACCUCACCGGCUCCAUCCCCUCCACCCUCGGCAUGCUCUCCAAGCUCACUUUACUGGACCUUUCUCACAAUGACCUCACCGGAUCAAUUCCCAACUUGCUCUCGCGGAUCCCCAAGCUCCGGUACCUCGGCCUCGACGGCAACCGGCUCACCGGGACGAUCCCCGAGUCGCUGAAGCUGCUCGACGGGAACCUACCGUACCUGGUCCUGUCGGACAACCGUCUCUCCGGCGAGGUCCCCGCUUCAUUCCGAGGGGUCAACUUCGGGUACGUGGAUCUGGCCGGAAACAUGCUGCGGGGGGACGGUUCGGUUUUCUUCGGGGCAAACAAGACCACGGAGAAGAUCAACCUCUCCGGGAACGCGUUCGAGUUCGACCUGUCGAGGGUCGAGUUUCAAGAGGGCCUGAUCGGACUGGACCUGAGCCACAACAGGAUCUUCGGUAGCAUCCCCGAGGGGAUCGUGAAACUCGAGCUGGAGUCCUUGAACCUGAGCUACAAUGCGCUGUGCGGGAAGAUUCCAGCCGGAGGGCAAAUGCAGAACUUCGGUUACGAGUCCUACUUCCACAACCGGUGCCUAUGCGGUGCUCCUCUUGAGAGCUGCAAAUGAAUCGGUCGCGUGGUGGCGGUGGUGGUCGUGGGUGGCUUCAAGACUGACAAUGACCACCACUAUUCCUAGUGCUCGUUGCUCUUCAAGAGUGACGCUCCAUUUUUCUCGCGAAAAAGUAACUACAUUAAAAAUAUGUCUUUAAAUCCACUUUUUACAAGAUAGUAGAAGUUGCGACUCCCAAACUCCUACAAUACUGCUGAAGGGGGUUAGGAAUAAUACAAAGUUCUCACAGGAACUAAUCAUGUGCAGAAUUUUAAGGGUCAAUUUUCUUC